GGAAGACUUUAUUGCAACCACAAAAAAACUAAGUACUUUGCCACUUUCUUCCUACACUUUCCACCACCGACACCUCCCAUUUAAACACCCUCUCCUUUUACUCAAAUCUUCACUUUACCCAACUUAUGCAUCUCUCUCUCUCUCAGUAAUUAACAACCUACCUGGGAGAAUCAUGGUACAACCGAACAAGUUCAGAGGUGUCAGGCAGCGGCAAUGGGGCUCGUGGGUGUCAGAGAUCCGCCACCCUCUGCUAAAGAAGAGGAUAUGGCUGGGGACGUUCGAGACAGCAGAGGCCGCAGCAAGGGCGUACGAUCAAGCAGCCAUUUUGAUGAACGGCCACAAUGCCAAGACAAACUUUCCAGCCACGAGCAACGCCCCCGAGCAAAACGCGAAUGCACCAUCAUCUCAGGCAGCCAUGCUGUCGGAGAUGCUGGCAGCCAAGCUGAAGAAAUGCUGCAAGAAUCCAGCUCCUUCCAUCACCUGUUUGAGGAUCGACAACGACAACUCCAACAUCGGGGUGUGGCAGAAGCGGGCAGGGAGGGGCUCGGGCAGCCAGUGGGUGAUGAAGGUCGAGCUCAAGAAGACGAUGAUGCCUUGCCAGAGCUCCUCCUCGUCCCAGUCAUCGUGGUCGACUUCAUCCGAGGUCGACGAAGUCAGCGACGCAAUGGAUGAGGAGAACAGAGUGGCAUUGCAGAUGGUCGAGGAGCUGCUGUAUUGGAAUGGCUCAACACCUGCACUUUCAAAUGAGCAAAAUGAAGGCGAAGACAAAUAAUCUUGGGAAACAGAGUGUUAAACCACGAAACCAAUGCAAACAAGCCGAUGCUACUGCAGUGGAGCUCGAGUAGAAACAGACAAGAAAUGUGGGAUUUUGAUGUGAAAUCCGAACAAACUCCUCGUGAAAAAUCGAGGUUUUUCAAAGUAGUCAUGUGAUGAGUUAGGUGGUGACGAACGAAUACAAGAAAAUGGUAAGAGGAGCAACUGCACUGAAAUGAAGCUACCUUAAUCAGUAAAAAGAAAGGCACAUUUCCAACAAUCAAAACUGUGAGAUCUCAAGAAUUGAGUUUUGUUGAAUGAUCAUUAUAUUGUUCAAGCAAUUCAGAUUGUCAAAUAGUAAAAUAAUUAUGAUUACAAAUCAAGGCAUGUAAAUUUGUUUAUAGAAAUAGGCAAAAGAUCAUGCUUUGGUUGUUUUUAA